AUGAUAACUAUAUGUGCAAUUAUUUGCUUAGCACUCAUUCUUUAUGUUGCCUAUCGAUUGUAUCAGCAUUUUUGUCCGUCGCCUAACAUUGAUCCCCGUGGUAAAUAUGUUCUCAUUAGUGGCUGUGAUACAGGCUUUGGUCAUGCAUUGGCUAUUGAACUUGAUAAACAAGGUUUUAAUGUACUUGCUGGUAUAUACAAUGCCGACAAUAAAAUUUCACUCACCAAUGAACUUUCGUCACGAGCUGUUGUUUUUCGUCUUGACAUUACUCGUCAAGAAGAAAUCGAUGCCGCAUACGACAUGAUUAAAAACAAAACGAAUAUUCUUCAUGCGCUUGUUAACAACUCUGGUAUAAGUAGGAGUGGAUACAUCGACUGGAUUACCGUUGAUCUAAUGCGUACAACUAUGGAUGUUAACUUUUUCGGUCAUGUUGCAAUGACCAAGAAAUUUUUGCCAUUGCUCAUAGCUAAACGAGAUUCACGCGUUGUCAAUAUCUGUUCAAUCUAUGGCUUCAUAAGUGGACCAGCCAAGUCAGGUUAUUGCGCCUCCAAAUAUGCUCUCGAAUCCUUUUCUGAUUGUCUUCGUCGUGAAAUGAUCCCCUGGGGACUACGUGUGAGCAUCGUCGAGCCGGGCUUCAUGCGAACGCCCAUGAUCCAAGGACACAAUCCUUUCGUACGAAAUCUGUGGACCCAACUUUCGGCCGAUGUUAAAGAUCGAUGGGGUGAAGAAUUUUUCAAUGCCGAAAUUAAACAGGUAGCUGCCAAUGUAUUCAUUCGAAAUGCUGAAAAUCCUAGCAAAGUAGUGGAAGCACUUCGACAUGCUGUCAUGAAUACAGUGCCGUGUAUCCGCUAUCGACCAGGUUGGCAAUCAAGUCUAUUCUUUUUUCCACUCUCAAUGGCUCCGAGUUGGUUAGUCGACUUAAUCAUGACCAAAUUAACUAGCUCAGGUGUUCUUCCUGCCGCUGUACGCAAACAACUUACGGAAUAG